AGCAGAGUCUGGAGGAUGGACAGACAAUCAUGGCGUCCACACUGAGCUUCACCCCCUCAGCCGAGUUGUUCUAUUCUGUCUCCGACCCGCUGACAAAAGAGGGCAGCAGCCAGCCGUCUUCAGCGACUCAGAGUCUCGACGUCUUGUAUACUCUUAGAGUCCCCGUGGCAACGCUGGUUACGCCUGGUCCUGUUUCUGAGGGCGGUACUGUGACAUUUACAUGUUGGAGUGAUGCUAACCCUCCCGUGAGCUUUUACACCUGGUACAGAGCCGUCAGUGGAAAGCUGACUAAGAAGGGGGAAGAAGAAAUGCAGGUCCUGCGGGGGGGGGGGUGUCUGUGUGACGCUCAAAGCACGAGGGGCUCUAAGAGGGCCGCGGCGAGAGUUUUGUUCCCCACAACAUAUGUGGAGUGUCGCUGGUCCUACGUCAUAACUGUUGCUGUGGAUGUGUACAAUAUUUCCAGGAGGCUGAAGGAGGCUGAAGGUAAGCACCCACCUCAGUCAGAGAAAGUGGCCGGCAGCCAGACAAGAGACAGUGAGAAAUGA